AUGAAUUUGACAAUAGUUUUGUUUGUGUCACUGCUCUAUAUUUCGGGCACUUAUUCUGCAUUUUUAUUCAAAACGGGUGGUAAUCCUUAUAGCAGUGGAUAUAAUGGAUAUAACGGAUAUAAUGGAUAUAAUAGACCUGAUAAUCCCUAUAACAACUAUGGAUAUGGAUAUACAGGAUUUUCAACUCUAAACAGACCCUAUUAUUCUUUUGGUACUAACUAUGGUUCAUACGGUUAUCCACAAAACACAUAUGGAAGCUCUUUUGGGCCCAAUUAUGGGAGCAGUAGUAUGUUUCCCUACAAUAAUCUUAAUUAUAUGAACUCAUAUAAUAGACCAAACAUGUUUGGUCCCUAUAAUAGUCCAAUUUAUAAAUCAAAAUAA